AUGGCGGGCAGUGCUCGCCGCGCGGGAAACCCUCCGAUCCCGCCCCGCGGGGGCCGGCAGCGGGCGGGCAGAAGCCGAGCACCGCCCCGCCGCCAUAGCGGAUUGCCGGCUCCGGGUUCGGCUGGAAGCGACGCGAUGGAGCUGGCGUUGCUGUUGCUGCUCGGCGCGCUGCUGCCCGCCGCCGCCCUGUACCUGUGCUGCGUGCGGCGGCACACGGGCAGCGCGGCCGCAACGCUGCACCGUCGAGAGCCGGGCCGAGCCGCAGCCUCUCGCCCGCUGCGGGACGCCUGGGCCCCGAGGCUGUGCGGCUUCUGGCUGCGGCUCUUCGUACACACGGCUAACACGGCUUUUGGACAGAUCUUGUUACUGCCAUUUUUACUAAGGCUGAACAACUUCUCCCUCAUGCGUUCUCUUGACAUUCAUGAAGAUCCCACAUUUAUCCCAGAGGUCGCUGCAGAGGUUACAGAAGACAAGUCUGAGACUAAAAGCACUUUGGAUAUCAUCAAGCAGCUGAUAGAUACAAGGCCUGAUUCUGCCAGCCAUGGGUUUAGCUUCAAAGGGAUCAAAGACUACCUGGACUGCUACCGGAGUGGGAAGCUGACGCCAUCUCAAGUAGCAAAGAACAUCAUUGCUGUGCUGGAGGACUGCGACAAAUCCACGCCCCCACUCAGAGCAAUAGUGCAAUGGAACCAGGAGCAAAUAAUGCUGAUGGCCGAGGCCUCCACUGCUCGUUACAGGAAUAAAUGUCCCCUGUCUUACCUGGAUGGCAUCCCAGUGUGCCUGAAAGAAGAGUUCAAAGUGGUACCCUACUAUCACCGAGUAGGAACAGUGUACCUUGGAACAGAGCCUGAAACAGAAGAUGCCACUGUGGCCAAGAAGCUGCGAGAGGCUGGAGCUGUGAUUAUUGGGGUCUCAAACAUGCACGAACUAGGGACUGGAACAACUGGAUGCAACCCUAAUAGGUACCACAAGAUCCCUAGGAAUCCCUACAAGCCCAACCAUUUCACAGGUGGGAGCUCCAGUGGGUCGGCAGCAGCUGUAGCAGCAGGUCUCUGCCCAGUGGCCAUUGGCACAGAUGGAGGCGGCUCUGUGAGGAUUCCUGCCUCGUUCUGUGGUGUGGUGGGGCUGAAAGGUACAUUUGGGCGGAUCAGCAGUCAUGGCAGCCUCCCCCUCUCUUAUUCCACAGUCAGUGUAGGUCCUAUUUGUACCUCAGUGGCAGAUGCAGCCAUUGUUUACAGUAUUCUUGCUGAGCCAGAUCCACUCUAUCCAUAUGGACUAAAGCAACCCAAAGCAACCCUGUCAGAUAUGUGUGCUCCUGACCUGAAAGGCUUAAAACUGGGAGUGGAUUGGACGUUUUUUAAGGCAUGUGAUGCAGAAAUCCUGUCCGUCUGUGAGAAAGCUACGGAGUACCUGCAGAAUUUGGGAGCCAGCGUGGUUGAAGUAUCUCUUCCAGAGAUGGAGGAAGUGAAAAUAGCCCACACGAUCUGCAUUCUCAGUGAGAUGAGGGACUUCCUGCAGCCCGACUUCAACAAACAUUUCCAGGAAAUGAAUUUGGAGACUCGGGCUAGCCUGGCUUUGGGUUCCCAGUUCACCGCUCUGGAUUAUAUUACGGCAAAUCGACAGAGAACUCGCAGCAUGAGGUUUUUGCGAGAGAUCUUCACCACUGUGAACUGCAUACUUACACCAGCUGUUGCUUCCACUGCCCCGAGAAUCCACGAAUCUGACCUUCUGACUGGCAGCAGCAAUAUUUCAUUCACAAUGAGGUCUAUGAGGUUCAUGCAGCUUGGUAACUUCACUGGGAUUCCAGGCCUCGUCGUUCCUAUUGGUUAUUCUACUGCUGGGCUUCCAAUUGGCUUCCAGGUCAUGGCAAAGUGGUGGGAUGAAGCUGUUCUUCUGAGGAUUGGCCUGAAGCUAGAGCAGUUUCGUCGCCAGACCAAAAAACCAACCAUUCAUUAUGACAUCCUUGCAUGAUGGAAUGAUUAAGAUGGGGAACGAGUCUUCUUUUUCCCCUUGUCUGACCUGGCCAGAUACUGGAGUGGACUUGUUUUCAAUGUUUAACUGAAUGAGGUUUAGCAGCAGACCCAUGGGAGAAAUGAGGAGGAACACUGUUCAAAGCAGGCAUUGCUGCUGAGCAGACAUCACUUCUGCUCUGUACGUUCUUGAAUGGUCCAGCUCAUAGUGAGGAGACCAACUGUACUAGCUUGUUCCUCACUGUGUUUCUGCCAACAGGGGAACCUGCAAGUAUCUUUUGCAACCUUUUUCCACGUCAGGGUCCCAUGUAAAGAUGGGAGACAGCUGCGGCUACACGGCUGUGUGUGGAAAGCCAGUCUCUAAACCUUAAACCUCUUACAAAGCUCCUCCUGCUGCUGAAUUAAAGAAAGGUACUGUUUUGAGAGA